AUGAAAGCCACUACUAUCCUUGCCAGCCUGUUUGUUCUAGGCACUACUUUUGUUGAGAAUGCCUCUGCAAACUAUUUAUGUUACAGAACAGGACACUCAAUGGACACAAAAGAUUUACAGUAUCAUAGCAGGCGGGCUUGCCGAGGCUAUGACGGCAUUAGAGGUGCAUUUCAAGGCACCUUUGGGCCGAAUCAACAGAAGACGGCUUGUAUCAAUUAUGGCGGAAGCCAUAUUGAUAUGAAUGUGAAGAACUUGAAUCCAUCUAAGUCAUUCGACUUAAAAGACGAAGAUUGUGAAAAUGAAUUCAGAUGGCUUAUCCGAAACUGCAAUAUCCAGGGGGUUGGAACCUCACUGGGCGGGCAAGUCACCAGACCGUCAGGGUGGUAUUUCAGUACUGACCUACCUAGAAUUGAUCCUAAUCAGGGCAGAGAAUGUUAG